GUUAAAGCUUGAAUCGAUAGAAUAGCGAUCUUUGGAAAUUAUUCAAGAACUUCUGUAAAAUCCGUCUCUCAUGUCUUCUUCUCUCCGCUUCCCAAUCUGAAUUUCUUACAAGUUUACGCCUUUGAUCGGCGCCAUCUCACUGUAAUUCACCUCCAUGAUCUGCUGAAUCGGCCGGCGAAUCGGAUGGUAAAAUCGAUUCAGUAGAACUGAGAGUUGAUUCCGACAGACAGACGGCUUCAUUAACCCCGCCUUAGGGUUUUCAGAUUUGGAGCUCUGGGUGCCCAUCAGUCGAGGCAGAGACCUCUGCCGUCGCCAUCGGCAGGUGGGAUAUGGUUUUUCCUAAGGUCUAGUGCUCCACAGCCCCAUUCUCUUCAUUUUCUGCCCGAGCCACAAAUGGACUUCGCCGGCCGGCAAACAACGGCGGCGCCCCCAGCUGACAACCCUCCAACUCCUUCCACGCACGCUCCGCCCCCUGAAGAGCCCGAGUAUGUGGCCCGAUACAUGGUCGUCAAGCACUCGUGGCGAGGUCGGUACAAGAGGAUUAUGUGCAUUUCGAAUUAUGCGAUCAUCACUUUGGAUCCCAACACGCUGUCCGUGACUAAUUCGUACGACGUCGGUAGUGAUUUUGAAGGAGCUUCCCCGAUCAUUGGGAGAGAUGAUAAUGCUUACGAGUUCAAUCUCAGUGUCCGGACAGAUGGCCGCGGCAAGUUUAAGGCCAUUAAAUUCUCGUCGAAGUACAGGGCUAGUAUAUUGACUGAGCUCUUUAGAAUAAGGUGGAAUAGGUUAGCAACUGUGGCGGAGUUUCCAGUUCUUCAUUUGCGGAGGAGAACUUCUGAGUGGCUCCCUUAUAAAAUGAAAGUUACUUGUGUUGGCAUUGAAGUGAUAGACAUGAAAUCUGGAGACCUCCGUUGGUGCUUGGACUUCAGAGAUAUGAAUUCUCCAGCUAUAGUUCUUCUCUCUGAUGCAUAUGGAAGGAAGAAUGUUGACCAUGGGGGAUUUGUUCUUUGUUCUUUGUAUGGAAGGAAAUCCAAAGCUUUCCAGGCUGCUUCAGGAACUUCAAAUGCUGCCAUCAUUUCAAACAUAACUAAAACUGCAACUUCUAUGGUUGGGGUUUCAUUAACUGUUGAUAGUCGUCAAUCACUUACGGUUUCCGAUUACAUCAAGCAAAGGGCCAAGGAAGCUGUGGGUGCAGUAGAAGCUCCUCUUGGUGAGUGGUCUGUUACGAGGCUGCGAUCAGCUGCUCAUGGAAUGGUUCAUUCUACUGGAUUGAGUCUGGCAAUUGGACCCAAAGGAGGUCUUGGGGAUUCCGGUGAUGCUGUCUCCCGUCAGCUUAUUCUUACCAAAGUUUCACUUGUGGAAAGACGCCCAGAAAACUAUGAGGCUGUUAUCGUCCGGCCUUUAUCUUCAGUUGGUGCUCUUGUUCGAUUUGCUGAAGAACCACAAAUGUUUGCUGUUGAAUUUAAUGAUGGAUGUCCUAUUCAUGUGUAUGCUAGCACAUCCCGUGAUAGCUUGCUUGCAGCAGCUUUGGAUGUUCUGCAAACUGAAGGGCAGUGUCCGGUGCCCAUAUUACCAAGGCUAACUAUGCCUGGUCAUCGGAUUGAUCCUCCUUGUGGUAGAGUUUAUUUGCAGUAUCCUCAAUUGCUGCACCGUCCUGUUGCGGACAUGGAAACUGGAACAAUGCAUUUGAAACACUUGGCAGCAGCUGCUAAAGAUGCUGUAGCAGAAGGGGGAUCUAUUCCUGGUUCCAGAGCUAAAUUGUGGCGCAGGAUAAGAGAAUUUAAUGCAUGUAUUCCAUUUAGUGGAAUUCCUCCUACUAUUGAAGUUCCAGAGGUGACAUUGAUGGCAUUGAUUACAUUGCUUCCUGCUGCUCCUAAUCUUCCACCAGAAUCCCUUCCUUUGCCACCACCUUCUCCUAAAGCAGCUGCUACUGUGAUUGGUUUUGUUGCAUGCCUGCGCAGGUUACUUGCAUCGAAAAGUGCUGCAUCCCAUGUGAUGUCAUUUCCUGCUGCAGUUGGAAGAAUCAUGGGCCUGCUUAAAAAUGGUUCUGAAGGAGUAGCUGCUGAAACAACCGGACUUAUUGCUAUGCUUAUUGGUGGUGGUCCGGGAGAUUCAAACGUUUUAUCAGAUACAAAAGGAGAACAACAUGCAACAAUCAUGCAUACCAAAUCUGUAUUAUUUGCUGAACAAAGUAACCUAAUUGUCCUUGUCAAUAGAUUAAAAUCAACCUCUGUCUCUCCAUUAUUAUCAAUGGCAGUCGUUGAAGUUCUUGAAGCUAUGAUUUGUGAACCACACAGUGAAACUACACAAUACACAGUCUUCGUUGAACUGCUCCGCCUUGUAGCUGGAUUGCGCCGUCGCUUAUUUGCUCUGUUUGGGCAUCCAGCUGAAAGUGUCCGUGAAACAGUAGCAGUAAUAAUGCGUUCAAUAGCUGAAGAAGAUGCUGUUGCAGCAGAAUCAAUGCGGGAUGCUGCAUUGCGUGAUGGUGCACUGCUGAGGCAUUUGUUACAUGCAUUUUACCUACCUGCUGGUGAGCGACGUGAUGUCAGCCGGCAGCUUGUGGCUUUGUGGGCGGAUUCUUAUCAACCAGCUCUUGAUUUGUUAUCUAGAGUUCUUCCACCUGGACUGGUUGCUUAUUUGCACACAAGGUCAAAUGAAAGUUUAGCUGAAGAUACAUCUAAUCCGGAGGCUUCUUUGAUGAGCAGAAGACAGCGGCGUUUACUUCAACAGAGAAGAAAUCGACUGGUUAAAGGAAUACCAUCUCAAGGGCAAAGUACAUCUGCUGCUAAUGAUUCUGAAGGCAUUGCACAAGCUGCACAGACAAGUGGUUAUGUCUUUCGAGGUUCCGAUAAUUUUCAAGCCAUGGCUGGUGAUCCAAAUGGCGGACAGGUUCCUUCUGUUCGCCCACUUCCUAAUUCUGGUGAGAACUUUUCUAAUGAGCAUUCUGCUGUAGGGGUUCCUCCAAAUGAUCAUGCUUCACUUAUGGCUUCCCAUGAUAACUAUGCAAUCCGUGUUGGUGAAUCUAUUGAAACUGAGGCAACAAGUACAUGUGACACCAAUAUUGGUACAUCUGGUUCUCAGAUUGAUGAUCUUCCAGCUCCAGCACAAGUGGUAACUGAGAAUGCACAAGUGGGUUGUGGAAGAUUGCUAUUAAAUUGGCAUGAUUUUUGGCGAGCUUUUGGUCUUGAUCACAACCGUGCAGACUUGAUCUGGAAUGAGCGAACUAGACAGGAGUUAAUGGAGGCUUUGCAGGCUGAGGUUCAUAAACUUGAGCAUGAGAAGGAGCGGACUGGAGAUAUUGUUCCUGGAGGUACAUCUAAGGAAGCUAUUAGUGGACAAGAAAUUGUGCCUCAGAUAUCGUGGAACUAUAGAGAAUUUUCUGUUCGGUACCCCAGCUUGGCUAAAGAAGUUUGUGUGGGUCAAUAUUAUCUUCGAUUGCUGCUUGAGAGUGGAAACAAUGGUAGGGCACAGGACUUUCCAUUACGUGACCCAGUGGCCUUUUUCAGAUCACUUUAUCAUCGAUUCCUCUGUGAUGCGGAUACUGGACUGACAGUUGAUGGUGCUAUUCCUGAUGAAAUGGGUCCCUCUGAUGAUUGGUGUGAUAUGGGAAGAUUAGAUGGAUUUGGAGGAGGAGGAGGUUCGUCUGUGAGGGAGCUCUGUGCAAGGGCUAUGGCUAUUGUUUAUGAACAACAUUGCAACGUAGUUGGCCCAUUUGAAGGCACUGCACAUGUAACAGUACUCUUGGACAGAACAAAUGAUAGAGCUCUGCGACAUCGCCUCCUUCUCCUUUUGAAGGUUUUAAUGAAUGUAUUACCAAAUGUGGAGGCUUGUGUCUUGGUUGGAGGAUGUGUGCUUGCUGUUGAUUUAUUAACCGUGGUUCAUGAAGCAGCAGAAAGAACCGCUAUACCAUUGCAGUCCAACUUAAUUGCAGCUACUGCUUUUACGGAGCCAUCAAAGGAAUGGAUGUACAUGGGCAAGGAGAACACUCAAGCUGGCCCAGUGGAGAAGGAUGCACUUAGAAGACUUUGGUCUAUAAAAGAAAUUGAUUGGACAACGAGAUGUUGGGCAUCUGGGAUGCCAGACUGGAAGAAGCUACGGGACAUACGUGAACUCCGUUGGGCGAUGGCUGUUCGAGUCCCUGUUCUAAAUCCCAUCCAGGUUGGAGAGGUAGCCUUGUCUAUUUUACACAGCAUGGUAGAUGCACAUUCAGAUAUUGAUGAUGCAGGAGAGAUCAUUACACCAACACCUAGAGUAAAGCGAAUUUUGUCAAGCCCACGAUGUCUUCCACAUAUAGCACAGGCAAUGCUUUCUGGUGAACCAACCAUUGUUGAAGCAUCUGCUGCUUUGUUGAAGGCCAUUGUUACUAGGAAUCCAAAGGCAAUGAUCAGAUUAUAUAGUACAGGCGCAUUUUUUUUCGCCUUGACGUAUCCUGGUUCCAAUCUUAAUUCGAUUGCCCAGCUUUUCUCAGUGACUCAUGUUCAUCAAGCUUUUCAUGGUGGUGAAGAGGCAGCAGUUUCCUCUUCUCUACCUUUGGCAAAACAAAGUGUUUUGGGAGGGCUCUUACCCGAGUCAUUGCUCUAUGUGCUGGAACGUAGUGGGCCAGUUUCUUUUGCUGCAGCAAUGGUUUCUGAUUCUGAUACCCCUGAGAUCAUCUGGACGCACAAGAUGCGUGCUGAAAAUCUUAUUCGCCAGGUUCUUCAGCAUCUUGGCGAUUUCCCUCAGAAAUUGUCGCAGCAUUGUCACUCUUUAUAUGAUUAUGCUCCAAUGCCACCAGUGACAUAUCCAGAGUUAAAAGAUGAAAUGUGGUGUCAUCGUUAUUAUCUCCGGAACUUGUGUGAUGAAAUUAGAUUUCCUAAUUGGCCUAUAGUUGAACAUGUUGAGUUUUUGCAAUCAUUGCUAGUCAUGUGGCGAGAAGAGAUAACUCGAAGGCCAAUGGAUCUUUCUGAAGAAGAAGCUUGUAAAAUACUGGAGAUUUCAAUUGACGAAGUAUCCAGAGACGAUGCACCUAAGAAACCAAGCUUUGAAUCAACUGAGGAAAUUCCCAAUAGAUCAAAGCAGAUUGAGUACAUUGAUGAAGAAAAGCUCAAGAGACAGUAUAGGAAACUUGCAAUGAAGUAUCAUCCAGACAAAAACCCUGAAGGGAGGGAGAAGUUCCUGGCUGUGCAGAAAGCUUACGAGUGCUUGCAGGUAACCAUGCAAGGGUUGCAAGGUCCCCAAACUUGGAGACUGUUACUUCUCUUGAAGGGCCAAUGCAUUUUGUAUAGGCGAUAUGGGGAGGUGCUGAGGCCAUUCAAAUAUGCUGGUUACCCAAUGCUGUUAAAUGCCGUUACUGUUGACAAAGAAGAUAACAAUUUUCUUUCUUCUGAUCGGGCACCUCUUCUAGUUGCAGCCUCAGAGCUUGUUUGGUUGACAUGUGAGUCAUCUUCACUGAAUGGCGAGGAGCUUGUGAGGGAUGGUGGAAUACCUCUUCUUUCUGGUCUUCUUUCCCGCUGCAUGUUUGUUGUUCGACCUACAACUCCAGCUAAUGAACCAUCAGCAACUAUUGUUGCUAAUAUAUUGCGGACCUUUUCAGUUUUGAGCCAAUUUGAAAGUGCAAGAACUGAGAUGCUUGAAUUAUCUGGUUUAGUUGAGGACAUUGUUCAUUGUACUGAGCUCGAGCUUGUGUCUGCUGCUGUUGAUUCUGCCCUACAGACAAUUGCUCAUGUUUCUGUGUCUUCGGAAUUUCAGAAUGCUCUUCUGAAGUCUGGUGUUUUGUGGUAUGUUGUACCAUUGUUGCUUCAAUAUGAUUCAACAGCAGAGGAAUCAGAUAAGGCAGAUACUCAUGGUGUUGGAACUAGUGUUCAAAUAGCUAAAAACUUACAUGCUGUACAUGCAUUCCAUGCUUUGUCAAGGCUCAGUGGCCUGGGCAACUGUGAAACCCCAAUACCCUAUAAUCAGGCUGCAGUUGAGGCUCUUAGAAAUAUGCUAACUCCGAAACUAGCUAGCAUGCUGAAAGACAAGUUGCCUAAAGACCUCUUGUCCUCAUUGAACUCUAACCUGGAGACUCCCGAGAUAAUCUGGAACUCUUCCACACGAGGAGAACUGCUGAACUUUGUUGAGGAGCAGCGAGCAAACGUCGGUGAUGACGGUUCAUUUGAUCUGAAAGAUGCACACUCUUUUGGUUAUGAAGCAUUAUCUAAAGAGCUCUACAUUGGCAAUGUAUACUUGAGAGUCUAUAAUGAUCAACCAGAUUUUGAAAUCACUGAACCCGAGGGUUUCUGUCUUGCACUUGUUGAUUUUAUAUCACACCUGGUGCAUAAUGCAGAAGCUUCUAGCGUUGAUACUUACGUGAAUGGUGAUGUAACUUCUGAAUCAUCUGAGAAGCAGCCUUCUUCAGACAAACCUUCAGAAUCUGAUGAUGGAAAAGUCACUAAUUCGGAGAAUACUGAAUUAGUCAAGAAUCUUCAAUAUGGCUUGAUAUCCCUUCAGAACUUGUUGGCGAAGAAUCCGAAUUUAGCAUCAGUGGUUUCCACGAAAGAAAAACUGUUGCCCCUUUUUGAAUGCUUUUCACUUUCUGUUGCUUCAACCAGCAAUAUACCUCAGCUUUGCCUAACUGUAUUAUCACGCCUGACAACCUAUGGCCCAUGCCUGGAUGCAAUGGUUGCGGAUACCUCCAGUCUGCUUAUUUUAUUACAAAUGCUACAUUCAUCUCCGACUUGCCGCGAAGGUGCAUUGCAUGUUCUCUAUGCCUUAGCAAGCACCCCUGAGCUUGCUUGGGCAGCUGCAAAGCAUGGUGGCGUGGUCUUCAUUCUUGAAGUUCUCUUGCCAGUAAAAGAAGAGAUCCCUUUGCAGCAGAGAGCAGCUGCCGCCUCGUUGUUAGGAAAGCUUAUUGGACAGACGAUGCAUGGGCCUAGAGUAGCAAUAACUCUUGCAAGAUUUUUGCCUGAUGGUCUUGUCUCAAUAAUCAGGGACGGUCCAGGUGAAGCAGUUGUGAAUGCUCUUGAACAAACUACAGAAACUCCUGAACUUGUCUGGACUCCAGCUAUGGCUGCAUCCCUAUCUGCGCAAAUAGCAACAAUGGCUUCAGAUUUGUAUCGGGAACAGGUGAAAGGGCGUGUGGUUGACUGGGAUGUACCUGAACAGGCCUCUGGACAGCAGGAAAUGAGGGAUGAGCCACAGGUUGGAGGAAUCUAUGUUCGGUUGUUCCUGAAAGAUCCUAAAUUUCCACUUAGAAAUCCCAAGAGAUUUCUUGAAGGGCUCCUGGAUCAGUAUCUUACAUCCAUUUCAGCUUCGCAUUAUGAGGGCCAAGCUGUUGACACUGAACUUCCACUUCUACUUUCGGCUGCCCUGGUCUCUUUACUCAGGGUGUAUCCUGCUCUCGCGGAUCAUGUUGGAUAUCUUGGGUAUGUACCCAAGCUUGUGUCUGCCGUAGCUUUUGGAGCAAGCAGAGAAACAAUGGCUUCAGAACCCUACGACUCUGAGGAUGGUUCGCAUCAACAAACUCCUCAAGAACGUGUCCGGCUCAGCUGUCUACGAGUUCUACAUCAGCUUGCAGGUAGCACUACGUGUGCAGAAGCUAUGGCAGCCACUAGUGUUGGGACCCCACAGGUGGUUCCACUUUUGAUGAAAGCUAUUGGUUGGCAAGGAGGAAGCAUCCUUGCGCUUGAAACUCUAAAGCGUGUCGUAGGUGCUGGAAACCGAGCCAGAGAUGCACUUGUUGCUCAGGGACUCAAGGUUGGCCUUGUGGAGGUACUUCUUGGUCUUCUUGAUUGGCGAACUGGGGGAAGAAGUGGGCUUCGUUCGCAAAUGAAUUGGAACGAAUCUGAAGCAUCAAUUGGUCGGGUGCUUGCUAUAGAGGUUUUGCAUGCAUUUGCCACAGAAGGGGCCUAUUGCACCAAAGUGCGCGACAUAUUAAAUUCUUCUGAUGUUUGGAAUGCUUACAAAGAUCAGAAGCACGAUCUUUUUCUUCCUUCAAAUGCCCAGACUUCAGCUGCCGGGGUUGCCGGCCUAAUUGAAAACUCCUCAUCAACACUGACAUAUGCACUAACAGCUCCUCCUCCACAUCCAAGUUAAACAAAAGACACUGCCCAUCGCAGGUACAUCACAUUCAUGUUGGCAGUGAUAAUAGUAGACAAAAAAAUUGUUCUGCAUGAAUGAACGAAAAGAGAAGGCAGUUUGAUGAAUACAAGCUCGAUCCGUGUUGAGUGCAAUUUUAUUUUUUUUCCCCUUGUUGUAUAGAAUACUUGUACAGCUCUCCUGCUUCAUCUUGCAAUUUCUAUGAACUCAAAAAAAAAAAACAA